AUGGCGGUCUCUGCUUCCCUGUCCAUGGCGCCCCCUGCCUUUGUCGGUAUGAAGUCCACCGGUUCGCGCGCGGUCGCGCCCACGAGGGCCGCCCGCGCCGUCAGGAUGGCCGGUCGCCGCUCGGCCAAGGCUGGUCGCAGCCAGGUCGCGGUGUCCGCGCAGAAGGUCGCUGUGCUGGGCGCGGCCGGCGGCAUCGGCCAGCCCAUGUCCAUGCUGCUCAAGAUGCUCCCCGAGGUCUCCGAGCUGGCGCUCUACGACAUCGUCGGCACCCCGGGCGUCGGCGCCGACCUCAGCCACAUCAACACCCGCGCCCAGGUGUCGGCCUACGUGGGCGCGGACUCCCUCAAGGACGCGCUGUCGGGCGCCAAGCUGGUGGUCAUCCCCGCGGGCGUGCCGCGCAAGCCCGGCAUGACCCGCGACGACCUGUUCAACAUCAACGCGGGCAUCGUGCGCGACCUGGCCAACGCGUGCGCGCAGUACUGCCCGGACGCGGUCCUGAACAUCAUCUCGAACCCCGUGAACUCGACGGUGCCCAUUGCCGCCGAGUGCUUCAAGAAGGCCGGCGUGUACGACAAGCGGAAGAUCAUCGGCGUGACGACGCUCGACGUGGUGCGCUCGAACACGUUCGUGUCGGAGCGGUACGGCGGGGACGUCUCCAAGGUGAACGUGCCGGUCAUUGGCGGGCACGCCGGCGUGACCAUCCUGCCGCUGCUCAGCCAGGCGGGCCCGGGCGUCACGGUGCCGGAGGCGGACAUCGACGAGCUGACCAAGUACAUCCAGGAGGCCGGCACGCUCGUCGUCGAGGCCAAGGAGGGCAAGGGCAGCGCCACGCUGUCGAUGGCCUACGCCGGCGUCAAGAUGGCCAAGAGCGUCCUGCUCGCCCUCAGCGGCGAGGACAACAUCGUGGAGUGCGCGUACGUGGAGUCCGACCUGGUCGACGGCCUCUCGUUCUUCGCGUCGCCGUGCAAGCUCGGCCCCGACGGCGUCGCGGAGAUCCUCCCCCUCCCGGAGCUGACCGCGUACGAGCAGGGGGCGCUCGAGGAGCUCAAGCCCAUGCUGCAGGGCAACAUCAAGAAGGGCGUCGAGUUCCAGUGA